AUGUUUAGUCAAAUAAGCAGAGACUUGGAAACAGCAGCAAAUAAAACUCUUAGACAUCCUGAAAGAAUGCUCAAAUUUGCAUACAACCCAGAAGAAAUCCAAGAUGAUGCAAUCAAGUAUAAUGAAUUAUUGACAGAACUUUCUAAAGAGCUUCAAUCUCCAUUACUUCCACUUUUGAUCCCAUCUCAAAAUAACGUCCUUAAUGUAGGCAAUGGGAGAGAUAAUUGAAUGAUCAAUCCAACGUCCACUCUUCCAGCUCAUAUGUGUCUAUUCACCACUCUUGGAAAAUUCUUCGGCUCUGCAAUCCGUACCGAGAAUAGACUGAGACUUUCACUCCCUGUUAUUGUAUUUAAGCAUCUUCUACACGAAAACGUCACAACUGAAGAUUUAAGAGACUUUGACUUCCCACUCUACAAGUUGUUACAUAAAUUAAGGAACCUUGAAGCCUAUGGAAUUACUGCGGAAAACUUCGGCCAGCACAUUUCUGAGAAGUUUAUAGUAAAAUAUGGUGAAGAAGUUGUGGAAUUUUGUGAAGAUGGAGCCAAAAUUGACGUUACUUUUGAAAAUGUUGGUCAGUAUGCUGAUCUAUUAGAGAAACACAAAUUAUUUGAAAAUCCUAAAGCUUAUGAUUCUAUAAGAAAAGGUAUGGCUGCUGUUGUUUCUAUUGAUAAAUUGAGCCUAUUCACAACUGCUCAACUACGUGAACUCAUAUGUCUGAAUCAAGAAGUCAAAUUAGAAGUCUUAGAAGAGAACACGGAAAACGAGAAUUGCAGAAGAACAGAUCCGCACAUUGAAAACUUCUGGGGAGCAAUUAAAUCGUUAAAAGAAAGUGAGCUUUCUAAAUUUAUUGACUAUAUAGCUAGAAGGUCUAAGCUUAUUGAGUGGAACUGGCCUCAUAAAUUUACAAUAGCUAACUCCCCCCUCUCUGUGAGUGAACAAAAAAAUUUUUUGUUUACUCACGAAGGGGAGUUAAUUUUUUUUUAAAACAAUUUAUUUAUAAUAGAAAGAUAUUUUAAAAAAAUCCUAAUUCGCCAAAAUUGGAAAGCAAAUAUUAAUUUAAUUUAUAAAAUUUAUGCUUUAAAAAGCAAUUUGUUUAAAGUUAAAAGAAUUAGCUUGAGAUUUCAUUAUACUAAUUAUCACUUAUAUAUCAUUUUUUUUUUUUCAUAAAAAACUUUUCUAUUAAAAAAUUUUUGUUCACUCACGGAGGUGGGUUUUUGGGCAAAAAAUAGGGAUUUUUCCAAUGGUUUUGUUCACUCACGGAGGGGGGGGAGUAAGCACAGUAAAUCUGGAGCUGUGAAUACAUUGAUUACUAUUGUGGACAAUUUCAUAUUCAGACUUGAACUACCAGCUUAUACAACUCCAGAAAUCAUGAAAGAGAAGAUCAUAUAUGAGAUUUCCCACAAUAGCAAGUUUGAUUCUUUAGAUGUAAAUAUUUAA